AUGGUUUCUCAAUACCCCACCUGGGUCGCCAACACUGUGCUGAUUCCUAAGAAGAAUGGACAAAUCCGGGUAUGCGUCGAUUUCAGGGAUUUGAACAGAGCGAGCCCUAAGGAUGAUUUUCCCCUGCCGCAUAUUGAUGUGUUCGUUGACAAUAUAGCGGGUCACGCCAUGCUCUCGUUUAUGGAUGAUGACAUGAUUGCCAAGUCGAAAACUCGUGAGGGGCAUGUCCUUGUUCUUCGAAAGUUCUUCGAACGACUCCGUAAGUAUAGAAUGCGUCUCAAUCCGCAGAAGUAUACUUUUGGGGUCACAACAGGUAAAAUGCUUGGCUUUCUGAUCACUACUCGUGGGAUUGAAGUUGACCCGUCGAAGAUUGAGGCUAAUCCUCCAGUCCUCAUGCCGCCGAUUCUCGGGAAACCUUUGAUACUUUAUUUGUCUGUGAAUCCUUCAUCUAUGGGAUGUAAACUAGCUCAAGAAGGAGAUAAGGGUGUCGAAAAGGCCAUUUAUUACUUAAGUAAGAAGAUGGUCGGAUGUGAAGAACGCUACACAGCUGUGGAAAAGACAUGCUGGGCUCUUGUUUGGGCUUCUAAGAAGUUGAGACACUGCAUGCUGGCUUAUCCAAUGAAAUUGAUUUCUCGAAUGGAUCCUCUCAAGUAUCUGUUUAAGAAGUCAGCACUUACUGAUAAGUUAACAUGUUGGUUGCUCUUAUUGGCAGAGUUCGAUCUUGAGUAUGUUACGAGGACAUUCGUCAAGGGACGAGCCGUCACGGAAUUUUUGGCUGAUCACCCUGUUGAUGGACCGGAAGACUCAGAUUUUGUGUUCCCAGAUGAGAAAGUGCUAAUAGUUGUCGAAGACGUGUGGACACUCUACUUUGAUGGAGCAACCAACCAGAAGGGAUAUGGGAUCGGAGCCGCUCUUACUCUCAGUGUGGAAAAACUCAAGGUCACUUGUGAUUCCAAUCUUGUCGUAUAUCAAGCCAACGGGGACUGGAAAGUUCGUGAAGAGAAGUUGAAACUUUAUCAUCAGAACUUGGAGGAUCUUAUUCCUCGUUUUAAUAAGGAUUGUCCUACCUAUCAGUAUGUCAACGCCAUUGAUGAUGUAAAUGAUGGCCUACACUGGUAUCACGACAUAUGGAAUUUUGUUGAAAGUGGGGAAUACUUGGCUGAAGCUUCUAAGAAGGAUCAGCUCGCAUUACGAAGGAUAGCUGCCCAAUACAUCCUUUGUGGAGGAAAGUUAUACAAGAGAUCCCAUUGUGGGAUGCACAAGCUCUGUGUCAAUGGCCUUGAGGCCGCAAGGAUUAUGGAGGAGGUUCAUGAGGGAGUCUGCGGUCCUCACAUGAGUGGUGUCAUGCUUGCUAGAAAAAUCCUACGGAAAGGUUACUUCUGGUCCACGAUGGAGUCUCAGUGUGUGGAUUAUCGAAAGAUCGCACGGGCUUUCAACAAGAAGGUGAAGUCUAGGGACUUGGUUGAGGGAGACAUGGUUACCAAGGAGAUUCGGGUGCCAGUAUUCGAUCCCCGUGGCAAGUUUCGUCCGAAGCGUUCAGGGCCUUACAUUAUCAAGACCAUCCUUUCUGGGGGCGCUGCUCAACUUAUAAACCUCGACUGCAGAAUACGACAGUUAACGUGUGAGGCAUACCAUGUCGUAUGCCACGCCGGCUUAUUGUCGGUGGAUGGGAGCAUGGUUGUAAUUAAGUUUGGUCGAUGGUUGGCGUUCUAUUUGAGGUUAGCCUCGGACAUUGUGGAUGGUCGAGUUUGUUGUAGGUGGUUGAUGAUGAAGUUGUUGGUUGGUCAAUAUGUUGACUCAGUUUUAUGUUAA